AUGAUUGCUCUCUCUGAGGAGAAGGUGGCUCUUCUUCUCUGUCAGCGUGUAAAUGUCCUCUGCAUGAAAAAUGCCCACUUAGACCAGAAAUCUCCUCCUGGCCAACCUCAGUUUGUGUUCAUCCGUGUUUCUGUGUUUGUUCAGUCGGACUGUUCAGAUUUCCAGCAUCCUGACAGUGACGAGGAGACGGAGGAAGAUGCCAUCCGCAGAGUGAUGAAGCAGUUAUCAGAGGAAGCAGCUCUAGAUGAAGCCAGCGGCUACAACAUCCCACCAGAGACCAGCGGCCCGAUGAACAGAGAGCAGGACACGUCCAGCAGGAACACAGCGCUCUCAGCGCCGCGCUCGAAAUCAAAGCCAGCAGCUGCGGUCUCACAGAUCCGCCGCUUAGACGAUGGAGACCGUGAUGAGGAUGAUGAUGAUGAUGAAGAGCUGGCGUGGUGCUGCAUCUGUAAUCAGGACGCUGUCAUACGCUGCCACACGUGCGAGCGGGAUCUGUUCUGCGCUCGCUGCUUCAGAGAAGGCCACGACAAAUACGACAGAAAAGAGCAUCGCACUUCCUCUUACACAGCUCCUAAGAAAGACAAGAAGAACGCCUGAAGCCUCCACCAUCAUUUCACUUCAGAAAAUAAGAAAAGAAUCAUAAAAUCUCCUCAAUGUUUCUGCAAACACAGCGGCCUUAGACUCGAGAUGCUUCAAAGCUUUUGUUAAACUCUUGAGAAAUGAUUGCUUCGGUAAGAUCUUUGUGAAACGACUGUCUGUAAAUAAAUAUAAAACCUCAAUAAAACGCUGGAGAACUAG